AUGGAAAAACUCCAAUUCUACGACGUGGCCAUGCGGCCCCCAGCAAAUAAGAACAACACAGCUGUAAACCCCUGGAAAACCCGCCUAGCCCUAAACUUCAAACAAACACCAUACAAAACAACAUGGGUCCAACUCCCGGACAUCCCAGACGUGCGCAAAUCGCUCUCCAUCCCAGCCUGCCGCAAAUUCGCCGACGGAACAGAUUUCCACACUCUUCCCAUACUAGUCGACCCCGCAACCGGCCGCAAACUAGGCGACUCCUUCGACAUAGCAGUCUACCUACAAAAGCAAUACCCCACAUCGGGCGGCAAUCUCUUCCCCGCACAGACCCUGGACUACGUCUUCAAGCCGGAAUCCGAACUCCUAAUCCCAUUAUCGGAAUGCGACGACUCCGAGUACCCACAAUACGCGAGCUUCAACGUGAACGUCGACGCGGCGUUCACUGCACACGUCAUUCUCAUGGCACACAGGAUGCCGUUUGAUCCUGCUACCGAGGAGGCAUCCAAGGCUGAGUUUGUGAGGCGGGCGGGAGUGAGCUCCUGGGAUGAUUUUGCCGUUGGGGGGGAGGUGAGGGAGAAUAUCAUUGCUUCGUUUGAGCGCAUGCUUGGCGGCUUGGCGAAGCUGUUUACUGCGUCCGAGGGACCAUUUAUUGGGGAGACGGCGUGUUAUGCGGAUUUCAUUGUUGGGGCUUGGUUGGUGAUGGCUUCCCGGACUUUGCCCGAGGGGGAGUGGGAGGCGGUAAAAGGGUGGCAUGGGGGUGUGUUUGGGAGGUUGUUUGAUGCUUUGGCGGUUUAUGCGGGUGAUGAGUAG